CCUCACUCGCCUCUUCCUCCUUCAUCACCUGCCCGGCUCAGCAGCUGCCCAGUUGCCUCAGCCCUGCAACCAUGCCCCGCGGUCUCCUGUGGCUGGGCCUCACCCUACUGGGGGCCCUGCAGACCCAGGCCCGGGACUCCACCCCAAACCUGAUCCCCGCCCCACCUCUGUCCAAGGUCCCGCUGCAGCCAAACUUCCAAGAUGACCAGUUCCAGGGGAAGUGGUACGUCGUGGGCCUGGCAGGGAAUGUCAUUUCAAAGGGAGACAAAGAGUUUAAGAUGUACACCACCAACUACGAGCUGAAAGAAGACCGCAGCUACAAUGUCACCUCCACCCUGCUCAGGUGA